UGUGAGAGGCAAGACAUCUAAAAUGAGCACUGAUACAGGAACUCAGCUGAGAACACUCUUCCAAAAUCCCCUGCAAGAUUUUGAACAGUGGAAGCCGUUGGUCCAGAUGCUCCUGGAGACUCCAGAGCCAGCGCUGGCUCACAUUGAGGCCGCUCUUGCUGAAAGCUCCCAGUUCAAAGAGAAGUUGAUGACGUUACAGCUGAAGAAAGAUUUGCUCAACAAUAUCCUUGGGGAAGAAAAUGCAAAGUCUUUCCUGCAAGAAGUAGCUGAAGCUUCAAAGGAGAGAGAAGUUCUACACAAAAGUCUGCUGCAAAGCAAGAGCAAACUCCAGAAUUUGAUAUCGCAACAUAAGGACUUUGAUGCUGGUUUCGCACCUUUGCAGAAGAAAUUAUCUGCCAUCCAAGCCAAAUUAGAUCUAGAGAAAGAACCACGGCCUGACCUCUUGGGUAAAAAGACACAGCUCCAGAGACUCCAGAUGAUCCAAGAUGACUUGGCAGAGCUUGCGAUUCAAAUGGAAGAGGUGGAGAAGCUCAUUCAGUCAAAUACCACACACAGGCAUGAAAUGAACCAACUUUCAUCUGACUCUCAAGCCCUGAAAAGAUCACUGGAGGCGAUGAUACAGGAGAGUGAAGAGCACGUUCAGAAGCAUUGGGCAUACAAUGACAAACUGUCUGACCUCCAGCAGUGGAUCACAGUAACCACAGAGAGGAUUGGCUCCUACCAGGGUGCUGAUGGAGACGAGAACACUGAGGGCAGGCUGGCAGACCUCGAGAGAUGGCUAGCUGAGUUUCCAGAUAAGGAGAUCCAGCUGCACCUUGUGGAAGCUCAUGGCCAGCUGGUCAUGGAGAAUUCUUCCCCAGAGGAGACUGCCCACGUCCAGGCAGAGCUGGAUCAGCUGAAGGAGUCGUGGAGAUCGCUGAAGGAGAUGGCAACUGGUCUUCUCAAAAAGUGGCAGUUAAAUAGACCAGUGGCUGAUAAGAAGAAGAAAACAGCCUUUGUGGACAACAGAUGGGUGCCUGGACGUGCCUUCUACCUUUUAGAUGUAGAUCCCAACCAUAAGCAGGAGAGGACAAGAGAAGUGCAAAAUACAAGCAGCCACCUGAAGCUUCUGCGCAACUUUGAAGAGUGGUUACAAGGAGAAAACAGCAAACUGACCAAAAUUCUUGCUGUGACUUCAUCUUCCACAGAGGAAAUUAAGGCACGCCAGAGCAAACUGGAGGAGCUGCAGUCUCGUGUGCCUGAUGGUCAGCAUCUCUUUGAGGACCUUCUUCAUCUUCAUCCUGUCCUUGGGAACUCUGAAGAUCUGGAAGACCUGCGUUACAGAUGGAUGCUCUACAAAUCCAAACUGAAAGAGUCCAUGAGUUCACCG